AUGGCCGUGUCUAACCAGAGCACAGGCGAGACGUGUAAUACUUCAGAAGAGACUAAUAUUAACUGCGCGUGCGAAAGAAACCAGGGUUCACCUAGCACAACAGAGAGACCGCCGUCACCUCCGAUCCUGAUAUCAGAUGCCUCCAACGAGGAACUGAAAAUAGAUUCAACGAAAUGCACACCUUUUAACUGUCCACUCCCUAAAGAUUCUUCUUCCAGUUGUUCUGGUCCGUGCCCGGGACCAAGUACGCUCGUGUGCCGAAACUCAAGUUUGCCUACCUGUUCAGACCUAAAUUUAUCACAGAUUUGUCCAAGAUCUUGUAUCAAGUUUAAGAAUACACGUCCUACUCACAAGUCUGUACAAAUGCAGAUUCCAGAGUUGAGGGAGAACAGCCAGGAGUGUGAUGCGGAAAUGUUCAACGAACAUGAACAUGAGUAA